ACCAUGCGUCCACGGUUCCAAGCAUAGAAUGUAUACGCGAUCACAGCACGGGACUAUGUAUCGCUGAAGGAGCAUUAUAAGGCAUAUGGAAAUGAGCCUGAGGCUGACACCAAGGUUAUCGCAGUCGAAUCGAAUAAUGCUAUGACACUUGGAACAUGGCCAAAUUCUUCGGUAUACUGUCUCGGUUUAUCGUGUUUUGCAUAUUUUCCACCACUGUAUAUACCCUCUCAUCGACAGAAGGAGGCCCUUGUUCAACCACCAACGAUCAUCUCGAUGGGGAGACACAUAAGCUUAUAACAGACUGUACAGACAAGUUCUUCUGCUCUGGUAUCGUCAACGGCACCUGCAAACCUAAACAAUGUCGCAGAGACGAAUUUCCAUUUGGGUACGGGCACAAGGAGCCUGUACCACCUUUGUGCCCUCGAGGAACGUUUUGCCCCGAUGAAGGCAGCGGUUGUGUUCCUUGGCUCUCUGUUGGAAAACCGUGUCAACUGAAUAGGGACGAACAAUGCAUACCACCCCCUGGCUUCCGUCGAAAUGCGAACUAUAGCUUAGAAAGCUCAAGUGGCUCCAUUUGCCUUAAUUCUACUUGUUUGUACGCGAAUGGGACGGCAGGCUUGCCUUGUAAGAUUGAAAACACGACUUACACUGAAUACGAUUCCACAAUGCUCAAAGUGGUUCUCAACGUCGUCCGAGACAACUGCAAAGAUCCUGAUUUUUAUUGCGAUCCGGGCAUCUUGAUCUGCGAGCAUACUGUAGGUAUAGGACUGCCAUGCAGCUUUGAUCGCAACUGUCGUUCGCAUCACUGUAAAGGAGGUUUUUGUGCUGAUCCUCCGGAUACGUCACUGAAAGUCGCGCCAUGGCAAUACGCCGUCACAGCACUUUUAAUUGUGGCAGCAAUGAUUGCAAUAUGUGCAAUACUCACGCUUCUCCACCAACGGCAUCGACUUGAACGUUCAAAGGAAGUUCGAGAUUAUUAUAACGAACAGAUCAGCCUACGUCAAGCAAUUAUUGCACUACAUUCUGCGGCUGCUGAUGGGCAUACAGACGAGAAGGCGUUCAAGAGGUCUGUUGACAGAGUAAGGUAGAACUACGUCAGUCUAGUACUUUCGCCUUUACCGCACUGUUUCUAUCAACAUGGUGUCGAUGUGUAUACAUGCUUUAUAAAAGUAGUAUAGAUCCAGAAUUUUGUUGAU